GGUUAAGUAACAAGGUGAUUUUUUUUAUCGCGACUCUUCUGCCAUCUGUUGUCAAACUCAAGAAGUAAAGCCAUUCACGGCUUAAUGAAUUUCGUCGGCAAUACAGCCACGGGGCUGCUACGCCAUCUUUGAUCAAAAGAUGUAAAUUAAUAAAAACGAUUUGUGAAUAGAUUGUAAUUCAGCUUUUUAAAGGAAUGGAAUAAAGGGGGGGGGGGUUGUAAUAAAAAAAAACGAAAGAAAGAUGAAGUGAAAUAAAUUUAACGACGGCCGAGAGGAAAGAAGGUUUGGUUGUACAAGAGGAAGAAAAUUGUAAAGUGGAAGGGUGCCAAAUGGGUUUUACCCUAAUCAAUUCUGUAAGACCCUACAUUUUCAUAGAGUACUGCAAUCCCUCUGUGAACUAGGAACAAAACUCCUCGAGUUGUGACAAAAGGGGUAAAAAAUUUAAAAGAGCGAAAUUUGGAAAACUGGUCCAAAAAAUAAAAAAGUGGAAAGAGAUCAGGAAGUCACGGAUACUCAACCCCUAGUCAGAUUUACCGGAGUGAAGACCUUAGGGUACCCUGAGGAGACUGUCAAAGGAGGUCCCUUUAUGAGGUCUGGGGAGAUAUGGCCAUGACCUGAAUCCUAACUACUGAGCAAGCUCAGCGGAUGAGCCAGAUGAACCACCUGCCCGCCAUUGUACGCAUGCAGUUAGUCUACAAGGUCGCGCUGGGUGCCCUGCCAUUGGCCAUAGGAACCGUUAAUCAGAGCCCGCAGCUUCUUCCAGAAAGGGAGUUAAAAUUUCUAGCAGCGGAUAUAGGCAGAAGAAACGACGAUUCUUUUGCUGUCCUCGGCAUCAGGAUGAUGACGGAAAUGAGAGAUUCCGGCGCUGUUGCCUUCAUUGGUCCAGACGAUUCCUGCCGUGCCGAGGCACUUGUCGCAGCAGCUUGGAAUCUGCCUUUAAUAUCUUACAAAUGCGAGGAUCCCGAGGUGUCCGAUAGGAAGGUCUAUUAUACGUUUGCAAGAACAUUACCACCGACGAGCAAGGUCAGCAAAAGUGUGGUGGCCUUGCUGAAAUCAUUUGGAUGGACAAAGGUCGUCGUAGUCUGCGUGACAAGAAGAGCCUGGAGCGAGCAGCUAAAAGAGUUCUUAACGAAACACAAUAUACUGGUCACCGAUACUUACACGGUGAACGACUAUAUACCUAUAUUCGAAAGUAAACUCGAUGACAUCGUAACAGCGACUUACUUUCGCACUAGAGUUUACAUCUUCGUGGGCGAACACAUAGCUCUUGUGGAUUUCGUUAAGUGCCUACAAAAACGUAAAUUAUUAUACACGGGCGACUACGUAAUUGUAUCCGUGGACGACAUAAUCUACGAUCCACGUAAACGCAAGGAUAUCACGCAGAGGACUUACAUCGAUCCGUAUCUGCCGGAUCGAAAUAUGUCGCAAGACGUGAAAUUUGGUUUUCAAUCGGUCCUGAAGCUGACACCGACGCACGUGAAGAAUCCAAAUUUCGAGCAGAUUUGCGAGAGAAUAAAAAAAUAUUCCGUGCAAUCUCCAUUUUGCGUUCCUUAUCACAGCCACAUUUUCAAAACCAUUGCGAUGCCCAUUCAAGCUGCUCAUUUGUACGAUGCCGUUAUGAUAUAUGCCCGAGCGGCAACUGAAAUUUUGGAAAAAGGAGGAGAUCCCCGAAACGGUUCGGCCAUUUUGAGCAGAAUACGAAAUCGAAGUUAUCAUUCUGUGCAAGGUUACGAUGUUUUCAUCGACGAAAACGGCGAUGCGGAAGGAAACUUCACAGUCGUAUCCCUUCUGGACGACGAGGAAGCAAACGGGACAAUAAAAAUGUCAUUGCAGCCAGUCGGUUAUUUCCAUUACAGUGAAAACGAUUCGAUCGACAUACCAAUAUUUCGAUAUAUAAAUCCAAAAAAAGGUAUCCAGUGGGUCGGAGAGGGACCCCCAAAAGCCGAGCCCGAAUGUGGAUUCGGUGGUGAGCUCUGUCGCGAGGACGUGAUCGACGAUCUAGACGAUAAAUUAACAAAGAUCUAUGAUCUACGCGAUUGGCGUCUCCACUUAGCACUGUCGGCAGCCACCGGAUUGGUCGUGGUAGCUGGUGUAUUUGCGUUCAAGCAUUACAGAUACGAGCAAAAGCUCGCCUGCAUUCUCUGGAAGAUCGAAUUGAAAGACCUAACAAUGAUACCGAGUGACGCGGGUGAUUGUUGUCCAGAAAAAAGUGUGGUUUACUUGGGAGAGCCAGGCUGCACCCCGCGUGCUCAUACCAGAGUAGCGCUACACCGUGAGAGCAUGGUGGCCGUGAAGCCAAUUUACAAAAAAACCGUAGACAUCACGAGAUCGAUCCGAAAAGAGCUGAAACAAAUUCGCGAGGUCCGCCAUGAGAAUUUAAUUAAUUUCGUGGGUGCAGUCGUAGAGCCCGGAGCGAUAUUUAUAGUGACCGGAUACUGCGCACGCGGUUCGUUACAAGACAUAUUGAAGAACGAAGAUCUACGACUGGACACGAUGUUCGUCUCGUCCCUGGUAGCCGAUUUGCUGAGGGGAAUGAUAUAUCUUCACGACAGCGAUAUCGUCUCUCAUGGAAAUCUUCGCAGCAGCAACUGCCUUGUCGACAGUCGCUGGGUACUUCAGAUAUCGGACUUUGGCCUCCACGAAUUCAAAGCCGGCCAGGAGGAACCUGAUCACGAGACCAAGGAACUUCACAGGAAGUUGUACAGAGCACCCGAGCUGCUGAGAAGCUCAACUAGUUUACCCAGGGGUUCGCAACGUGGCGAUAUAUAUAGCUUUGCUUUGGUACUUUAUGAAAUUAUGACACGACGUAAUCCUUGGGAAGACACGCUAAUGAGUUCGCAAGAAAUUAUUCAAAGUAUCGUACAAGGACAGAAACUUCGACCGAGCUUAAGCAGCCUGAAGGGAGUCUCGGAUUAUGUUCUCAAAUGUAUCGAGUCUUGUUGGCACGAGGAACCUGACGCGAGACCCGACAUGAAACUCGUUUCUGUGAUAUUGAAACCAAUGCAGGCUGGACUGAGGGCAAAUAUAUUCGACAAUAUGCUGGCUAUAAUGGAAAAGUACGCAUGUAAUUUAGAGGGCAUAGUACAGCAGAGAACGAAUGAAUUGGUGGAGGAGAAGAAGAAAACCGACGCGCUCCUGCACAGGAUGUUACCGAAGACCGUAGCCGAUGCUUUAAAAAGAGGCGAUCCUGUCGAGGCUGAAAGUUUUGAUUGCGUCACAAUAUAUUUCAGUGACAUCGUCGGAUUUACGCAGCUCUCGGCCGACAGUACACCCCUGCAGGUUGUAACCAUGCUCAACGAGCUCUACACCUGUUGCGAUUACAUAAUCUCGCAUUACGACGUUUACAAGGUAGAAACAAUAGGAGAUGCAUAUAUGGUCGUAUCGGGUCUGCCGAUAAGAAACGGCGCUAAACACGCCGGCGAGAUAGCGUCGAUGGCUUUACAUAUUUUGCGAAGAAUUCGCAAAUUCGAAUUACCCCACAAGCCAGGGGAGGGUCUCAAGAUUCGCAUAGGGAUACAUUCGGGACAAUGCGUGGCGGGUGUCGUUGGUUUGAAAAUGCCGCGUUACUGUCUCUUCGGGGACACGGUGAACACAGCAUCCCGAAUGGAGUCAUCGGGAUUGCCCUUAAAAGUUCACAUGUCGGAAGCUACCUGGACGCUUCUUCAAAAAUUAGGCGGCUACCAGGCAGAGGAACGUGGACUGGUUCACAUAAAGGGAAAGGGCGAAAUGAAGACCUACUGGCUAACGGGCGAAGAUCCACUUUGCAGACAAAAUCGUAUUUUCGAAUCAAACUCCCACUUUCAUCACUCUCAUUACGGAUCGUUGUGUUCGCUGUCCGAAGAUCGACUCACGGAAACGCCCGAUCUUUUACGAAGGACCAACCUCGCAGAAUUCCUCGGGGAUAAUAAGGCAUCGGCCACCGGAGAUUUGCUAUUUUCCAGACGCGAUUUGCACUUGCGUGCAGUGCGGGCUUGUUGCUAUAGAACGAACGAGGAAUUAAUAUACUACAGUACAACAGGUCGAUCGCAUAGAUCGGCACCAGCCAUUGCAUUGACCGACAUGAUGACCAAUUAUUAAUUAAAUUGAUUACCAUAUGUGAUCCAAUCAUUCAUAUGAUCCGUCGAAAGUAUCAGACCAAAAAAUGAAAACGAGACUGUAGACAAUAUUCGUUGAUACAAAAUUGAAAAAAAAAAAUCAUCGAUACUGUCUAACUUUUUUUUGCUCAGCCGAGCGACACGACUAAUUAUUCUUUUAAUCGGUUCAUCGAUUGGCUAACUUGUCUACUUACACAGCCAUAAGUUAUUAAUGUAAAUUACACAGGGACGUUUUAACAUACGUAACUUAGCCAAAGCCAACCGGCACGAUAUACAAUUAUAUCAUCGCCGCGAGAAAUCGUCAUUAUCAAUAAUCAUUGACACGAAAAUUGUAUAUGUAUAAACGUCAAUAACACGUGGACACAGAAACCACGUGUCUUUGAGUGCUGUAUAAAUGUGCCAAUGGCAAAGAUUAAUGUCAAUAUGUAUAAAUGGUAUACGAUAAGUAAUCCUAAGAGUGAAAAAUGAACACAGACAAAUAUAAUUUUAAUAUAUGCCGCCAGAGCAAAGAGAAUUAAGUUUAACGUUAUAAUAAACGCGUAAUUAAUACAGCACUGCUGUCACAAUUAUUUACGUAUAGUUUCACGUUCUCGUGGAUGAAAAUUAAUUUUUAAUAAAAAUUACGUAUACGUAUUAUUUCUGCAUGUCUCGUUUCCCACAUUCUUUGAAUAUUUCAUCAAAGACCGAAAAACGUGUCGAGACGCACCCCUUUAAUUUUUGGACGCUAUUACGUCACGUUGCUUCAAGUCACCCAAAGGGCACGAGUGACUCCAUCCCACUCGUGGUUAAAAUCGUCAUGUGAUACUAAUUGAUAUUAGUAUGCGAAAAAGUGUUUUUCGACUGGUAAAUAAGUCACUCAAGAAAUUGGAUUAACACCUCGCGAUUGGCACCCCCGAAAAAAAUCAAAAAAAAAGACGAUAAUUCGUAUUUCAUCACGAUAAAGUUGCUCCUGAUAAGACGUAUAGUCGAAGGACGGGCAUAUCGAGUUUCCUUAAAUUCAAAAAAAAAUAAAGUAAAAAAUAAUCGUUGCAUCUUUUUCUUUUUUGCAGAUGAAAAAUCAUUUAUCUAUAUCACGUAGUAUGGGAAAAUCACCUUGGACUUAUGUUGCGUAAUGAUUUAAUAUUUCGUGUCUUGUAUACGUAAAUAUAUAUAUAUAUAUAUAUAUAUGUUUGCGUAUACCUAUAGACAUACCUGAUUAUGUAUACUAGAGUUGUGACUGCCGAAGAGAUAACCUUGAAAAGUUCUGUACGAUGAUGUUAACAAAUUACCGUUUAAAGAGGUAUACGUUAGAUUUUCAAUUUUUUACGUUU